UCUCUGUGUUUUUUAAGGUGAAAGUUUAAGUUUACAGUUUUGAAUUCAGUUACUACCAAGUGCAAACAUGGCUAAACAAUACAAUUUCAAGGAAGGCUUUCAAUGAGCUCCUCAUGAAAAUUCACAAUAAUUACGAGUCCUGGGUUUGAGGGUCCAGCAUGGAGUCCAGGUUUUUGCUUGGCUUGCAAGAGGAGAAGGCUGAGCUGAGGGUGGAGGUGUCCCGUCUGCAGAACGAGCUGGCGGAGAGUCAUGCUGAGAGGGAGGAGCUGGAGUCCAGGGCUCGAGCGCUGACCGACCGGCUGACCCAGUCGCUGGACCCGCCCCUCACCGUGUCUCUGCGCCUGGAGAGUGAGCAGCGGGAGUGGAGGAGGAAGCUGAGGGAGGGCAGGGAGAGGGAGGCCAGGCAGGCCCUGCUCAUCCACAAACUACAGAACAAGGUGGUGGAGUACCGUGACCGCUGCCAGGGCCUGGAGCAGAGGGUGAAGUCUGAGGAGAAAGAGCUGCUGAAGAGAGAGAGGAGGAUUAGGGAUGAGCACAGUGACUCUCUGGAGAGCGCCCUCAUCCGGCUGGAGGAGGAACAGCAGAGGAGUGUGAGUAUGGUGCAGAUGAACUCCCUCCUACGUGAGCAGCUCGGCCAAUUGGGGCAGAUCAAUGGGGCGCUCAGGGAGGACUUGUGCAAGCUGACCUCUGACUGGUCAAAAGCAGUGGAGGAGGCGGGACAGAGGCAGUCUGAGUGGCAGAAAGAGAACGAGCGUCUGACGGGUCACAUUGGUGAGGAGCAGGCUCGUCUGAUGGCCCUGUGGGGGGAAGUGGUCACCCUGCGACGCCACUGUCACACUGUCAAGACUGCUACUGACAGGGACCUGUGGCAGCUGAGGGCGGAGUUCACCCGUCUGGCCUCCUCCCUGCUCUCCCACUGUGGCUCAGUGGAGGUCCUGCACCCCAGCGGCCCCCUGUGCAGCACCUUCGUCAUGAGGAGCCCCCGGGCCUCCAGACUAGCUCCCCCGUUCUCCUCCACCCUGGGCCCUGCUCUCUCCUUGCAGGAGCUGGAUCCCUGGGAGCAGGGGCACAGGGACCAGGGGCACAGGGACCCAGCGGGGCAGACGAGGGAGAUGGAGCUUUCUGAGCUGACUCUCCUCCAUGAGGCUGAAGUUCAGCAGCUGAAGGACAGAAUCUCCGAGCUGUCCACCUCCCUCCAGGCCCACGAGGAGGAGAGGGCGGAGCUGGAGCAGGAGAUGCGAGUGGAGGAAAGGAAGAAAGCAGAGGAGGAGCAGGGGAGAGAGAGGGAGCGGGAGAACCUGAGGGAGGCAGAGAGAACCCUGGAGUCAGUCAGUCAGGCCACACUCAGACUGGCCAGGGUUCUGAGCACCCAGUCUGAAGGAGGCCCGGCCAGCACUGCACGUUCUGAAGGUCGCGACCUGUCCUCCCUACUGGCUAUCCUGGCCCAGGCUGAGACUGCUCUGCACUGCAGACACCAGCAAGCACAGGGGACGGAGGUGAUUCUGAAGAGGCUGGGGGAGGAGAGAGCUGUGCUCCAGCAGAGAGUCACACAGCUAGCGUCUGACACAGAGGAGCUACACACACACAACCUGAACACAGCACAGGAGCUCACACACACCCGGGACCUGCUAGCGAGUGAGAGGGAGAUGGUUGCAUCCCUGAAGAGCCAGGUGGAGGAAGCAGAGCGACGAGGGGAGGAGCUGAAGAAGGAGGGCGAGAGACUGAGGCGGGAGAGAGAGAGGGAGGAGGAGAGGAAGAGCCAGGUGGAGAGCGAGAGACAGAAACGUGUGGAGGCAGACCUGCGGGAGACUGCCCAGCUUGGGGAGAGAGAGAGGAGCAGCCGCAUGGAGCUGCACCGCCUCCAGGUGGCGCUGGAGAGAGAGCAGCUGGACCGAGAACGUGCAGAGGAAGAAGCCGCUGAUGCCAAAGACGCUCUUGUCAAGGCCAGAGAGUCAGUGCUGACCCUGUCCUGCAGUCAGACUCUGCUGCAGCGUGAGGUGGCCGAGGGCCGUGACGCCCUGGAGAGGAUGGCCGCCAUGAACGAGGGUCUGGCCAGGGACAAGAGGGAGCUGAACGCCCACGCUCUGCAGGCUGAGCUCGAGAUGGCUGAGCUCCAGAACCAGCUCCAGACUUUGGAAUCAGAGGCGGGGACCCUCCGCAGAGAGCUCAGGAGCUGCUCGCAGCAGACUGCUGAGUUAAGGAGCCAGAGAGAGGCAGGCCAGGAUUGUCUCCAGAGGCUGAGGGAGAGAGAGAGGGAACUGGAAAGAGAGUUGGAGACCAUACGAGAGGAGAAGGAGAGGAAGGGUGCCUCGCUGGUGGAGGAGAGAGAUCAAGCAAGGACACAACUGAAGGAGCUGUCGGCACAGCACAGUGCUGUUUGUGGGGAGCUGCGCGGUGUGCAAGCGGAGCUGGGCCGAGCGACGGAGCUGCAGAAGAGGGCCGAGAGAGAGCGGGAGGAGCUGGUGAGGCUCAACCAGCAUCUGGAGGAACGGGUGUCAGCGCUGGACAGAGAGAAGAACCUUCUGGAACAGGACCUUGAGGAACUCAGGCAGCUGACAGUCUCCCAGCAGCAGCAGCUGAGCCUGGCCCAGAAGCAGGCCUCAGGGCUGGAGGUCACCAACAACCAGUUCCAGGUCCAGCUCCACACCCUCCUCCAGACCAAGGAGGUGCUGACAGGAGAGAUACAAUGUCUGAAAGGGGAGCUGGAAAGAGGGUUGAACCAGAAUGUGGAGGAGAGGAUGAAAGAAAGGGAAGAGAGAGAGAAGGGGGCCAGAGAAAUGGAGACCGGCCUGGCUGAGUUGGAGAGGCUGGAGAAACAGUUGGAGGAGAUGAUGGAGAAACGACGAAUAACCGAGGAGGAGAGGAAGGAGGAAAGGCAAGGGUGGCAGAGAGAGAGAGUGGCGCUGAGCUCGGAGCUCGGCCAGAGGGAUGGAGAGGUGGUGGCGUUAAGAAACAGGAUGGAUGGACUGGAGAAAGAGAAGGAGGAGGUUUUAGCCUUGCUGGAGGAGAGAGCGGCAGAGAUGGAGACGCUGCAGACCAAACUGACCUCAGAGCUGAGGAUCACAGAAUACAGGAUGAGGGAGGUGAAGGAGGAGGGGGAAAGAUGGAAGGAGAGAGCAGAGGAGCUGGAGAGGGAGAGAGACCGACUGCUGCAGAAGCUCAGGGAUAGAGAGGAGAAGGAGAGUGAACAGUUGCAGACGAUCAGAAGAGAGAAGGACAAGUUUGUAGAACUACUAAGACUGCGAGAAGGAGAAAGCCGAGUCAUGGAGGAUGAAAUAAUUGAGUUGAAAGGUAGAAUUCGAUCAGUAGAGGAAGAUAGAGAUAAUAUAGAGUCAGAAGUGAAGACGAUGGAGGUACUGAAAGGGAACCUCUCUGCCUUAGAGGAGGAGAACUCUAAACUCAGGGAGAAAGAGAGAGACCGACGCAAAGAGGAGGAGAAAAGAAGAAGAAGCAGGGAGACAGAACAGAGAGAGCGUGAGGAGAGACUGCGAGGAGAGCUGGGACAGAGGGAUAAAGAGGUACAAGCACUCUGGGACAAGAUGGAGGGGGUGGAGAGAGAGAAGGAGGAGACCUCUGCCUUGCUGGUGGAGAGAGCGGCGGAGAUGGAGAGACUGCAGACCAAACUGACCUCGGAGCUGAGGAUCACAGAACACAGGAUGAGGGAGGUGAAGGAGGAGGGGGAAAGAUGGAAGGAGAGAGCGGAGGAGCUGGAGAGGGAGAGAGACCGACUGGUGCAGAAGCUCAGGGAUAGAGAGGAGAAGGAGAGUGAACAGUUGAAGACGAUCAGAAGAGAGAAGGAGAAGAUGGCUGAACAACUGAGAAAAGAGCAGGCCACGGUGCGACACAAGGAGGAAGAAGUAGAAGAGUUGAACGACCGAAUACUCUCGCUAAAGGGAGAGAGGGAGAAUCUGGAGGAAGAGCUGAAGAAGGUGGGAAUGCUGGAGAAUAAGAUGGCCACCGUUGAGACGGAGAACUUGUUGCUGAGGGAGAAGGAGCGAGCGAAGAGCAAGGAGGAGAAAAGCAGAGAGAGGAGGGAAACGGAAGCGAAGGAGCGAGAAGCGCGUCUGGGAGCGGAGCUUAAGGAGAGGGAUGGACAGCUGGAGGUCUUGACAGUCAGGGUGAGCGUCGUGGAGGAAGAGAGGGACGAGAUGAAAAGAGAGGUGGAGAAACGAGAGGCGAGCCUGGAGAGACACAUGAGUGCGCUGAGAGACCGGGAGGAGGAGGUGGAGAGGCUGCAGGGGAGCCUGCGCAGGGAGGAGGAGGAGGCCGAGGAGAGGCUUCGGAAGGGGGAGGAGGAGGUGGGGGAGCUGAGGGUCAGGCUCCAGGCUCUGGAGCUGUCAGAGACACAGCUGUCGGCUCUUCUGAGGGAGACGGAGAGUGCCCUGGAGAGAGAGGGGAGCGAGCGCAAGGAGGCGGAGGACCAACUGGCUUCCAAGAGCAGGGAGCUAAGCAGGGCCAGGGAGGAGAGGGAGAGAGAGAAGGAGAGGGAAAGCCAACUGAAGGACAUGAAGGAGAGUCUCGAGGACGAGGUGAAGGAGUGGCAAGACAGGGCCGAGGAACGGAGGAGGGAGAUGGGGAAACUCUCCCAGCUCCUGGUGGAGAAAGACGAGGAGGUGGAGGACCUGAGAGCGAGACUGGAGGAGGGCUUUGGAGAGAGGGAACGACAGAAGGAGUCGCUGAGGAGGGGUGAGGAGGAGCGGAGGAGUUUGAAUGCAGAGCUGAGAAAGGAGCAGGUGGAGGGAGAGAGACUGAGGAGCAGACUGGAGGAGCUGCAGAGGGGACAGCAGGCCCUAGUGGAGGAGAGAGGAACGCGUAUGGAGAGACUCGGGGCACGGGUCCGGGAGCUGGAAGAAGAGAGGGAUCACCUGUCUGUUGAGGUGGUGAGGAAGGAGAGAGAGGCGGGAACACUGAAAGACGAGAUAAGCAGAGAGAAGAGAGAGAAGGACAAGGCCAGCUCAUCGCUGCGAAGGGUGGAAGAGGAACUGAGAGGUGCGAAGGAGAGCAAUGAGGUUAUGGGCCUAAAACUGGGAACCAUGAAAGAUCAGGGUUCAGAGGUGAGCCGACUGAGGGAGCGGUGGAGACAGGAAGUGCAGGAAAAGGAGGCGGAGAACCAGAAGAUGAGGGUGGGGCUGAAGGCAGGGCUGCAGGAGAUGUCCAACCUGAAGGAGCUUCUGGAGGAGAGCCACCGCGAGGGGGAGAGGCUGAGGGGGCUCCUGCAGGAGAGGAGGGACGAGGUGGUGAGGAGCAGGGAGGAGAGCCUCCGGGCGGCCCGGGGGGAGGUGGAGGAGCUCCGCUCCAGGACCAGGACGGUGGAGAUGGAGCGGAGGGAGGUGGAGAGGAGGCUGAAGCUGAAAGAGGCGGAGGCGGCAGAGGCUCUCGGGGCUAAGGAGAUGCUGGAGAAGUGCAGAGAGGCAAAGGAGGAGCUGAGGGCUCGGUUGGAGGAGAGAGAGGCUGAGAUCAAGGAGGUUCUUGCCGAGAAAGAGCUGAUGGUCCAGAGACACAGGGUGCAGGUGGAGAAACUAAGAGCGAGGGAGGUGGAGGUUAGACUGAAAGACGAAGAGCUGAAGGACGCGUUGGGAGAAAAGGACAGGGUGGAAGAGGACCUGAGAGGGAUGCAUGAUAGAGAAAUGGAGCAUACCAGAACCAUAGCUAGGCUGGAUGUCCUGGAGGAACAGAGGAUGGAGCUGAGCUCUCUGGCUGCGGACAGAAUCAAGGAUGCGGAGGAGCUGAGAGAGAGACUGCGAGAGGCGGAAGGAGAGAGAAAGGCGAGAGACAGAGAUGUGGAGAGGCUACAACAGAAGAUGGAGGAGCUGACACGGGGAGAAGAGGAGAAACUGCAGCAGAAGGAACGAGGGAUGGAGAUCCUCACGAAGAGGAUGAAGGAGAAAGAGAGGGAGUUUGAUCAGAUGAAGGAGAGGGUCCUGGAAGGACAGAAGAGGAGGGAGGACCUCCAACAAGCUGAACAGGAAUCCCUGAGAAAAAUUGAGCUCAUGACAAACAUACUCAGGGAGAAGGAGAGUGAACUGGAGAGAGUCAGAGAGAAAGCCUGCAAGGAAGAAGGGGAACGGCAGCAACUACAGGAACUGUUGGAGGAGCAAAAACGAGAAAUGUUUGAACUGAGGAAGAGGAUAGAGUCUACGGAGAGAGGGGAGACUGAUGGAGACAGGGGCCUGAGAGAAAGGGUGGACCUGAGGAGAGGGGGAGGCAGGACAAACGGAGGAGGCUCUAAAGGUGAGGUGUGGGAGGGAGCGGGUCGCCGGCCCCCAGAGAGUGAGGGGGAGUUGGCUGUCCUGAGGGAGCGUGUGGCCUCCCUGCUCCUGGAAAGAGAGGAGACGAACCACCUGCUGAGCGAGAGGGACACAGAGUUCUACACCCUGAGCCAGAGAGCAGAGGAGCUUGGGAAGGAUCGGGACCGGGUCAGAGUCGCCCUCGAGAAAACAGAGGCUGCCUUGAUUGGUUAUCAGGAAAAGGCUCACCAGCAGAACCAGAGCAAGUCGGCGGAGACUAGCUCACCUCAGGAGAUUAGACAGGGGGAGGGCUCUGGGUCUGACCCCGCAGUCCAGGACCGGCUGGGGGUCAUGCAGAGGGCCGUGGCCCAGCUGGAGGUGGACCAGAGACAGCUACAGAAGAGGAACAACCAGCUGGAGCAGCGCACAGAGAGGCUGCGGGCCGAGAGACAGCACCUCAGAGACACACUGACGCAGGUGGAGGAGGAGAGAGGGAGAAUGCACCACCAGCUGUCCCAGCUGCAGGCCAGUAGUAGCCGGAGCCCAAGAACUCAGGAUCCCCGAGGGUUGGACCGCCCAGAGAGAGAGGAGCUGGAGCAGCUGAGGACCAGAGUAAAGGAGCUGGACGACCAGGUCCAUCAUCUGAGGCUGACACUGGCAAUGGAUCACCACCAGAGGGCGCAGUUUCUCCAACGCUCCUCCAGGAACAGCCAGUGGCUGGUGUCUCUGAGACAGGACCUCAGCGACUCCCUGGCGAUGGUCUCGCGGCAACCAAUCCCCUCUGUUCUGGAGAAUGAGACUCAGCGAUUGGACAGGAGUCUAAAGGAGGAAGAGCUUAGGUUAUCUCUCAGUCAAAGUUGAAGAGGACUCCCAGACCAGAACCAAGGGCUGUGCUACUGUAGGUCAUUGUCUUGAGGGGUGCCAAACUAACUCGCGAAACUUCAAACCACUCCAAAAGAUCAAGCACAACUCUGUGACCAACUAUCUUGUUAAUGUUAUGAUCCUAUUUCAAUGCUUGCACUCAUCUGUGUCAUUUCAGAUGACAAUCAUUAUUCUUUGUACAAUACCUUACUAUACAUUAGCAUUAUUUAUGUUUUGAGCAGUUACUGUCUCAGGGGGAAAGACAGUUUUUUUCCUACAUUUUUAUACUGACUUAUUUAUUUUUCGUACUUAUUUUAUCUUUAUAUUUAUAUUUUUGUUUUCAGUUCUCCCUUUCCCAACCAACUGAAACUCAACACAAUUUCCUGAACGCCUUUUAUUGUUGAAGUCAUUAUCAUUUUCAGCUACAUUCAGUUGACAGAAUGCCAUCAUUUUCUCUUUUCCAAAUGUUCUGUUUUCUGACUUUUAGUGUAUUUCGAUGCCACUUAUGAAGCCAACACGUUUCUUAGUUGUGAUAAGUUGAAAUGUGUGUAGGUGAAGUUGAAUGAACUUAAGUAUUUUCAAACCGUCAAUUUGAUGACUGCUAUUUAUCGACAUUUCACAUUUCUUCCCAAAAAUGUAAGAUUGCAGUUUUUGCCAUGCAAUCACACAGACACUGCAUUGACAUUGCAACUUCAUCGAGUAUUCUUCAUAUUAUGGCAUUACAAACAGUGUGUAUGCAACAUAACAGAAAAACAGUAAACAGUUAUUUAGUAGGAAUGAUAGAACCAGCCGCCUGGUGGUGCCUGAUUACAGGAGAAAUAAGAGACAGUGCGUGUCCAAUGAUGGUCCGUUUUUUGGUAGGCAUACCCAAUCUAGCCUUCUCAUUCAUUUCUAUGUGAUAGAGAACAAAAUAAAAUAUGUUUUCGAGUUGCAA